ACAACUAUGGAUGCACUUCAGACUAUUAACAAGGUUGAAGAUCCUGAAGGUUUACGUAUUCAGGAGGAGUUCCUCCGCUUCAUUAAUGAAUUUAAAGACGAGAACGGAGUGACUUGUUACAAAAAUAAACUUUGUGAACUGCUCUUGGCUGAACAUAAUACUCUAUAUGUGAACUUCAGCCAUAUUCAGGAGCACAGUACUGCAAUGGCUUCGGCGUUGGAGUUACAGUAUUAUAGGUUGCAGCCUUUUAUAUCUCGAGCAUUACAACUGGCUGUUUAUGACGUCUGCAAGGACGAAAGUGACAGGCAACGGCUGUAUAAAAAAGUAUUAUAUGUUAGUUUCAAUAACCUGGGGAACUUCUACAGAGUAAGGGAACUGAGCGCUGAUAAGUUAGGAACAUUGGUAUGUGUCGUAGGGCAGAUUGUUCGGACCCAUCCUGUUCACCCUGAAUUGUAUAAAGGGGUAUUUACCUGUAACGACUGUGGUUCAACAAUUGACAAUGUUGAGCAGCAAUUCCGAUAUACUCAACCUACCCAAUGUACAAAUCCUCAAUGCCUUAACCGGUCGAGGUUUACGCUAGAUAUCUAUGAGUCGACGUUUAUUGAUUACCAGAAAAUAAGGAUUCAAGAGACGCAGGCAGAAUUGCCGAGGGGAAGUAUGCCUCGUAGUUUCGACGUCGUCGUGCGAGGGGAGAUUGUUGAGAAAGUACAACCAGGCGAUCGUUGUGACAUAACAGGUACUCUUAUUGUAGUGCCUGAUGUGUCUCAGCUAAGCACUCCAGGGCUUCGUGCGGAAACAAGCAAUAAAAAUCGUAUGCGGGGAAGUGCUGCAGAGUCUGAAGGCCUUACCGGUCUAAAAGCGUUGGGCGUGCGGGACCUUAACUAUAAACUUGCUUUCUUAGCCUGUAAUAUUUCGUCGCAUGACUCACCUUUCGGUGCAGAGGAUUUUGGCAGAGCAGACCUAGAUACCGAUGAGUUGUGGAAAAGCAUGACUGAUGAACAAAAAAGGAAAGUAAAACGGAUGAGUGAGGACAGAGCGAUCGCUCAGAACCUUAUAAAAAGCCUGUUUCCAAACAUAUAUGGGAAUGAUGAGGUAAAACUCGGUGCUCUUCUAAUGCUCUUUGGUGGAGUUGCGAAGAAAAGUCCCAGCGAAGGUACAACACUUCGUGGAGAUAUUAAUGUCUGCUUGAUUGGAGAUCCCAGUACGGCGAAAAGUCAGAUUCUCAAAACCGUUGAGGAGUUUUCACCUCGUGCUGUCUAUACUUCUGGAAAAGCAUCUAGUGCAGCAGGCUUAACUGCUGCUGUGGUAAAAGACGACGAGUCAUUUGAAUUUGUAAUUGAAGCAGGGGCUCUCAUGCUGGCGGACAAUGGGGUUUGCUGCAUUGAUGAAUUUGACAAAAUGGACCCGAAAGAUCAAGUCGCUAUACACGAAGCUAUGGAACAGCAGACAAUUUCUAUCACCAAAGCUGGUGUGAAAGCUACCUUGAAUGCGCGUGCAUCAAUUCUGGCUGCUGCUAAUCCUGUUGGUGGACGAUACGAUCGUUCAAGACCUCUAAAGCACAACAUACAGCUUUCGGCCGCUAUCAUGUCUAGAUUUGACUUGUUUUUUGUUAUGGUGGACGAGAGUAAUGAGUUGGUGGAUUACGCUAUUGCUUCAAACGUUGUGAAUGCACAUCGCGCGUAUACAAAUGAUGAACAGAUUUCGACACCCUAUUCAAUCAGCGAUAUCCAUAAAUAUAUUACUUUUGCCAGGUGUUUCAAACCUGAGAUAAGUGAUGGGGCUGCAGAACUACUAACUAAUGAGUACAAGAGGCUUCGGAUGGGAGACAGUAAUAAUGCUGCAACUUCGUCCUGGAGGAUAACAGUUCGGCAACUAGAGUCUCUAAUUCGUUUGUCAGAGGCAUUGUCAAAACUCUAUUGCUCUGAUGAGGUUAAAAUUGAGCAUGUCAAUCAAGCAUCUAGGCUACUUAGCAAGUCCAUUGUAAGGGUUGACCAACCGGAUAUAGCUCUUGCUGAUGAUGAUGACUUUUUGGAGCAGAUGGAUGUGAUUGACCAGAUCGGUCAGGAUAAUCCAAAUAUUUUGAAAGAAAGGAACCAAGAAGUGGGCGGAGAAACAGAAUCUAGUGUGAAGCCGAAGAUUGACCCGAAGAAGCUAAGAAUAAAGUUUGAAAACUAUAAAAAGAUUUCUGAUAUGUUGGUUCUUCAUAUUCGCCAUGAAGAAGACAAUGAGCCAGAAGAAAGUGAGGUCUGGGGAGUUCAAGAAGAAGACUUAGUCAAUUGGUACUUGGGGAUGAUUGAAGAGAGUUUGGAGACGGAAGAUGAUUACCACGUUCAGAAAACCAUCUGUGAGCGGGUUAUAAAACGAUUAGUUCACGAAGAUGGGGUUCUUAUUGAAGUGCCUGCAGAAUCUGGUUCUCCUCGCCUCAUUGUGCACCCGAAUUAUGUAGUAACUGAUGAGUGA